CCGACAUUUCAAUCUCUAACUCUCUCUUCCUACAUAAUUCUCCCCCCUCAGUCCAUCUCAUUUGGAGUCCCGGCGUUUUCAUCGACUCUGCAUCCAUUGGUCUCUUCCCAGAUCGUCACCAUGCAGCGCGUCCUCUCAUCCACACCGCGAACCGUCGCUCGCCAGACGAGAAUACGACCGGCUUCGCUGGUCCAGCAACGAUUUGCCCACAAGGAGCUCAAGUUCGGCGUUGAAGGCAGAGCUGCUCUGUUGUCGGGAGUCGAGACACUGGCCAAGGCUGUUGCCACGACGCUGGGUCCCAAGGGCCGCAACGUGCUGAUCGAGUCCAGCUAUGGCUCGCCCAAAAUCACCAAAGAUGGUGUCACGGUAGCCAAGGCCGUUCAGCUCAAGGACAAAUUUGAGAACCUGGGCGCAAAGCUACUGCAGGAUGUCGCCAGCAAGACCAACGAGGUUGCUGGUGAUGGCACAACCACCGCCACCGUGCUCGCCCACGCCAUCUUCUCCGAGACCGUCAAGAACGUCGCCGCCGGCUGCAACCCAAUGGACCUGCGCAGAGGUACCCAGGCUGCAGUGGAGGCCGUUAUCGACUACCUGCGAACGAACAAGCGCGAUAUCACCACGUCCGCCGAGAUCAGCCAGGUCGCAACCAUCUCCGCCAACGGCGACACGCACAUCGGUGGUCUGCUCGCCACUGCAAUGGAAAAAGUUGGCAAAGAGGGUGUCAUCACUGUCAAGGAGGGCAAGACGAUCGAGGAUGAGCUCGAGGUCACCGAGGGAAUGAAGUUCGACCGCGGCUUCAUCUCGCCAUACUUCAUUACGGAUACCAAAUCGCAGAAGGUUGAGUUCGAGAAGCCAUUAAUACUCCUCUCCGAGAAGAAGAUCUCUGCUGUUCAGGACAUUGUGCCAGCUCUCGAGGCAUCCCAGCAGCUGCGCAGGCCUCUUGUCAUCAUUGCGGAGGAUAUCGAUGGUGAGGCGCUCGCUGUCUGCAUCCUGAACAAGCUCCGUGGACAACUUCAAGUCGCUGCUGUCAAGGCGCCUGGCUUUGGUGACAACCGCAAGAGCAUUCUCGGCGAUAUCGCUGUCCUGACCAACGGUACUGUCUUCACCGACGAGCUCGAUAUCAAGCUCGAGAAAGCCACCCCAGACAUGCUCGGCUCCACUGGAUCCAUCACGAUCACCAAGGAGGACACAGUCAUCCUCAAUGGCGAGGGUACCAAGGACAUGGUCACCAACCGUUGCGAGCAGAUCCGCGGAGUCAUGGCUGACCCAACUACCAGCGAGUACGAGAAGGAGAAGCUGCAAGAGCGUCUUGCUAAGCUCUCUGGCGGUGUUGCCGUCAUCAAGGUUGGUGGUGCUUCCGAGGUCGAGGUCGGCGAGAAGAAGGACCGCAUGGUUGAUGCCUUGAACGCCACACGCGCUGCCGUUGAGGAGGGCAUUCUUCCAGGUGGUGGUACUGCUUUGCUCAAGGCUGCUGCCAACGCCCUCGGCUCCGUGAAGACCACCAACUUCGACCAACAACUUGGUGUUUCAAUUGUGAAGAAUGCCAUCACUCGCCCAGCACGAUCGAUUGUCGAGAACGCCGGCCUCGAGGGUUCCGUCAUCGUUGGAAAGCUCAUGGAUGAGUUUGGAAAGGACUUCAACAAGGGUUUCGACAGCGCGAAGGGAGAAUACACAGACAUGAUUGCCGCCGGUAUCCUGGAUCCAUUCAAGGUUGUCCGUACCGGUCUUUCUGAUGCAUCUGGUGUUGCAUCGCUCCUCGGUACCACAGAAGUCGCCAUUGUCGAGGCUCCUGAAGACAAGGGACCAGCAGGUAUGCCUGGAGGCAUGGGCGGAAUGGGUGGAAUGGGUGGUGGCAUGUUCUAGAUGCCUUACGCGCUCGAUUUCGACCGACGUCGCCCCAUUCGACCUCCUUCUACCUUGAACUCUCAUGAUAUAUGAGUGCGAGCCAUGAUACCCAUGCCCGACUGGAAAUGCCGGUUUUGUACAAAAACACGUUAUAACUACUACACUUUGUGCUCCUCAGCACAUUUGCACAGAGGAAGAAAAGAGCAGUUCAGAAGAUUAUAAUCUCCACUCUGGAAGAGGAUACCUGUUGCAUUAGCGGCGCAUAGCACGGCCUUUGCUAGCCCGUGUAGAUGGUGCUGGAGAUGGAUGUGUAUUAUAGUGUCACUGAUAGCGUUUGAAAAGUUGUAAAGAAGCUCA